GGCUCUCUUACUUUAAUUGGUCCCGAUUUUCACCUUGUCGACUCCGAUCCUCAAUUGUGGCAUGCACGCUCGGAUUCUCAAACUGUCCACCUUUUCUACGCUGUCCUAGAUAUGAACCUCAAAGCAUGCUGGCUACUCUCUCAAGCCACGGGGAAACAUACGGUCCCGCAUUGUAGGGGCAAGAUUAUCAACUUUUGUUCGUUGUUGACUUACAGGCUAGAGCUUGUUGUCUUCCCUUCCUCCUGUGCCGUUCCACAGUUCGUUCGAUGUCUUCUGCAAGCAAAGUUUUCGUUAUUCUCCUUUCCUGUAUGAUCUUCGAUGGCCUAAAUGGUUAUCUCGAUUGGGUGCCUGCCUGGCCCAUCUCUGUUUUUAUUCUGAUUCUUUUUUAUGCUGUCCUUUGUGAUUGAGAGCGACAUACUUACCAUGGGUGCUUGAACAGGGAGGAUUAACUGUUUCCGCUUGUGCAGCUGUGAAAGGUGUAUUGGGACAGCUCACCAAGGCGCAGAGCAAUGAAUGGAUUAAUGAGAAUGUUCGGGAGAACGGCUUCGUGCCAGGGCAUAUCAUUACCGAUAUGAAUAAGAAACUUAGUGAAUGAACUCCAGCUGGUAGGUGGGUCAGUAUGUCUGUGAAGGAUUGUUAGUUGUUGAUGGUGUACAUCAUUUUGCCUUGUGUCUUUGGGUUUUAUGAUAAACUUAUUGAAAUACACAUCAUGUGGGAGG